UCAUGAUUAAUAAACUCAUAAAUUUUCAAAAAGAAAACAAAACUAAGUAAUUUGCUUUGGAAAAUGGUAACGAUGAAUACGAAUUAUGAUUUUGUCAGUUAGCUCGCUCAUCUAUCUACCUUUGCGUGUUUCUGGCGCAAAACUCAGAACUCAAAAAGUCAUGUCUCUGUUGACUUAUAUACGUUGACCCCAAAUUGCGGUUCAUCUAACAUAAUUGCAGAUAAUCUCAACAUAAUUGGAGAUUCUCCUUCUUUAUCACUCUUUCAUGGCCACAAUAGAAAAGACAGUGGCAGGGCAGUGGUCCAAUCUUCCAAAGGAAUUGUUGUCACUCAUAGCCAACCACCACCUCCACUCCGUCACCAUCCACAUCCUCCGCAUCCGCGCCACCUGCACCUCAUGGCGCUCCGCCAUUCCUCCUCCCCUUCCUCCUCCUCUCUCUCACACCAUCUUUGGUCAACGGAUCUCCAUCCGUUGGUCCAAUUUCACGGUCACACAAACCUCAAUCUUCUACCGUCUCCACUACCAACCAUCUUCAAUUUCAUCUUCUUCUGAGAAGGGUUGGAUCAUCAUGGUCGGAAAUUCCACAUCCAAUCCAGUUCAGCUCUUGGAUCCAUUCACCGACCAACCACUCUCAGAAACGGUUACACACCCAUAUGACUGUAAAACUCCACCAAAGCUCCUCAACCUCUGCAACUUCCGCUUGGUUGAGUUAUUUGAAGCCUAUGCGCUCACACAGUUCGUUACUCGUCAAGAAGGCGAUUCCGGGUCCACUUCUUUCACGCCUUUUGAUCUUGUUAAAGCAAUAUUGUUUCCGAAUUCAACUUCCCAAACUUUUGAUGAGUCAUCACGCAUGGUUUUUGCACUCUACAGCAGUGGGAGGCUGUCGGUUUCAAGAAUUGAUGAAGAUGAGGGUUGGACUUCCCUAGACGCAGGGAAUUCUAGUUUUGAUGAUGUCAUCCUCCGCAAUGGGCAGCUCUAUGCUGUGGACAAGUGUGGAACCAUCUUCUGGGUCGAUUGUUCGACCCUGAAGCUGGUUCAGUUCAGUCCAAUCCUUUGCGAUUUUCAGGCAAAGAAGAAGAAGCGGUUGGUGGAUUGUAAUGGGAGCCUCUAUUUGGUUGAUAUUGAUACUGACAUUGAAAAGAAAGAAUAUUAUGAUGAGAAUAAUAAGGCUAUCAAGGUUUACAAGCUUGAUAUGGAUCAUGGGUGGCUCAAUGCGGAGAACUUGGGUAACGUGGUUUUUGUGUUGGGUGCAAGCUGCAGUUUUUCUCUCAGUGUUGAAGACUACCAUGGCUGCGAAGCAAAUUGCAUCUACUUGUACUCUCGUCACAGGGUUCGUGCUUUCAGCUUGGAAACAUGUAAGUUCAAGCGUCCUAAGCUCUUUUGGCCUUGCCCAUCUUUGUUUGAAUCCAGGUUCAAUUUGUGAAGGUAUGGGAAAGAGAAAAGGAAGAAAAACGAUGAAGUUGGAUUGUUUCUGAUUUUAUUUGGCUGUGUUUGUAGAGUUUUGUGCUCUUUGUUUCUAUGAUUGAGGAUUAGGAUGAGAGAAUUAUGUUGUUAGACCCAAUGAUUUAAGUACUUGAGUUUUCUGAAAGGAAGCAGAUCAAGUCUUUGACAAACAGGUAAUAAUAGAUGAGUUCAACAUUAUUUGGAAACACAACAAACAUGUCAGGCAAAGUAUAUCUCAGUAAAAACUGGAAAAUUAGCAAU